CUUCAAAACUUGAAAACUUCAUUUCAUCUGUUUUCUCCAGCUUUGGUUCUUUUUCCCUCUUCUGUAAGGAGAAGUUAGCUGACUUCGGCUAUGGCAGAUAACAAAAGGCAAGAGUCUUCAGAUCAAAGAUUAAUUUCUAACCCAGAAAUGCAAGAAAGACACAAGGGUGGCCUUAUUACAAUGCCAUUCAUAAUAGCCAAUGAAUCAUUUGAGAAGGUGGCAGGCUAUGGGCUGAUUCCCAACAUGAUACUGUACCUGAUCAGAUAUUAUCACAUGGGAGUUGCUAAAGGCACCAAUAUUCUGUUUUUCUGGCAAGCUGCUACCAAUUUCACCCCUAUUUUGGGUGCUUUCGUCGCUGAUACAUAUCUGGGUCGUUUCCUAACCAUUGGCUUCGGCUCCAUUUCUAGUCUCCUGGGGAUGAUACUUUUAUGGUUAACAGCCAUGGUUCCACAAUCAAAGCCUCCACCAUGUGACAUAAUGACCCAAAGCUGCAGAUCUCCAACAGCGGGUCAGAAGACUUUGUUGUUUUCCUCACUUGUUCUCAUUUCCAUUGGAGCUGGCGGUGUUAGACCAUGCUCCUUGGCAUUUGGAGCCGACCAAUUGGACCGAAGAGAUAAUCCGAAAAAUGAAAGGGUCCUAGAGCGCUUCUUUGGUUGGUAUUAUGCUUCUGCAGCUAUUUCUGUUCUAAUUGCAUUGACAGGCAUUGUUUACAUUCAAGAUCACUUUGGAUAUGGAGUAGGCUUUGGAGUUCCAGCAAUCUUAAUGUUGAUCUCCGUACUUGUGUUCUUCCUUGCUUCUCCCUUAUAUAUUAAGCAGAUGGCAAGCAAGAGCUUGGUUACAGGCUUUGUACAAGUUUUUGUCGUCGCUUAUAAAAACCGAAAUCUGUCAUUUCCUCUCCCAAACUCAAUUGGAUGUUACCAUCACAAGAGAGAUUCAAAUAUUGUUGAACCAACUGACAAUUUAAGAUUUUUAAACAAAGCUUGCAUCAUCAAAAACCGGGAACAAGAUGUUGCCCCAGACGGCUGGGCCUCAAAUCCAUGGAGUCUUUCCACGGUAGACCAAGUGGAAGAGCUAAAAGCACUUAUCAAGGUCUUACCAUUAUGGUCCACAGGGAUCAUAAUGUCGAUUAAUCUAAGCCAAAACACAUUCCCUGUGCUUCAAGCUAGCUCUAUGGACAGGCACCUUACAAAAAAGUUUCAGAUUCCGGCAGGAUCUUAUGGAAUGUUCAACAUCAUCUCCCUUGCUUUAUGGGUUAUUCUUUAUGAUCGUGCGAUUCUCCCUCUGAUAUCAAAGAUUAAGGGUAAACCAGUAAGGAUCGGUGUCAAACUAAGGAUGGGAAUUGGGCUAUUUCUUACCUGCAUUGCCAUGGUAGUUUCAGCCAUUGUCGAGAAUGCAAGACGAAGGGAAGCAAUUCGAGACGGGUUUCAAAACAACCCUCAAGCAGUCUUGAAAAUGUCUGCCAUGUGGCUUGUGCCACAGUUUUGCUUGAAUGGCUUAGCCGAGGCCUUCACUGCAAUAGGGCAGACUGAGUUCUUCUAUUCUGAGCUGCCCAAGAGCAUGUCUAGCAUUGCUGCUGCCCUCUUUGGACUUGGAUUGGCCGUGGCAAAUUUGCUAGCUAGUGUUGUCGUGAGCAUAAUCGAUGACAUUACUUCAAAAGGCAGUAAAGACAGCUGGGUCUCGAGUAACAUAAACAAAGGUCGCAUAGACAACUACUAUUGGGUUCUUGCCACAUUGAGUUUCAUCAAUCUAUUCUAUUACCUCCUCUGUGCCUGGGCUUAUGGACCCCCCGGUCGACAAGCAACAGAGGUUAAGGUCUUACGGGGAGAUGAGUUGUCUAAUAUUCAAACGAAGGUUAAAGGACUUGAGGACUGCAGAAGAUGAUACUGAUCGAUUGCUGUUAGUUUGAAGAAUGUUUUUGGAAUUACCGUUGCAGUUAAAAUUUGGCUACAUAUAAGUAUAGAGUUGGUGUUUAGUAACUACGAAAUAUAGUUUCUGAAACCAUAUUAACAUCUUUUAUGCAUACAA